GUAAAGUUUGAUGGGUAUUUUGUUGCACUUUUUAGUUCAAUUGUAUUAAUAAAUUGAUUCCAAUACAAAUUAUGUUUAUGUGCUGAAUUAAAAUGAAGCAUAUCUGUGUCUUUACUGUUUGUGCUAUUGGUAUUGUUUUGUGUAUUGAACAUGAUUCAAGAGGAUUUGACGAUACCAUUCUCUUUGGGAUAAAUUGGCCCGGUGCCCCUGAAGUUUUAGAAAAUCUGGCUGACGGUGAGCUGAAUAAAUCACAGGUUCACAAUAAAGAAGUACUUAAAGUUACAACAGCACAGAAAGAAAAGUAUGAAUGCCAUAUUCCAGAGCUGCAAACGAAAGAGUCAAUUAGCAUUGAAGACUAUGAUGGGCCUUCACCUAUCAACCUAUUGAAACCCUUAUUUGCCCAGAAGAUCUGCUCUUAUAGACUUGAGAGUUAUUGGAGUUAUGAAGUUUGCCAUGGGAGGUACAUACGGCAGUACCACGAUGAAAGAGAUGGUAAACAGGUCAAAACUCAACAGUACUAUCUUGGGUACUGGAGUCCUGAGAAGCAACUGAAGCUUGAAGCCGAUAUGAAGGACCAAUUAGAGACUAAAGAGAAACCAAAAACUACUAAAGUAGACGGACUCACUUUACCAUAUGUGAAAAUGGAGAUGGAUGAAGGUUCUGUUUGUGAUCUGAGUGGCAAACCUCGUAUGACUAGAGUUUUGUAUGUCUGUUAUGCUCAUGGUAAACAUGAGGUGUACUCUUUCAAAGAGACAGCAACGUGUGAAUAUGAAAUCAUUAUUCUAUCACCAUUGCUCUGUGAACAUCCGCAGUUCAAACCGAAAGAUGUCAGCGAGAAUGCUAUUGAUUGUUUUUCGAUUGGAGACACACCAAAAAAACCAAGAAACUUAUUGAAAAUGGAAGUGGACAGCUUGAAAUUCCAUCAUCAGACCAUCAAGUACAUGAACAGCGAUAAGGAACCUAAGGACGUUUUUGCUGUUUUGAAAGUUGAAAAAAUUGAUAAGGACGGCGAGACCCAUUUGAAAUUCGAACUGCAUCCGUUGACCGAAGACGAGGAGCUAGCGGAGGAGCCGUCCAAUGCUCAAGCGGUCGAGAAGCCGACGACGCCGCCGGUAAUAGUGGACGACUCGCCCGUGCGCGCCUUCCUUAAUGGAGAGAAUUGUUUGCAUGGGGGCACUGGUUGGUGGAAAUACGAAUUUUGCUACGGUAAAGACGUGAUACAGUACCACGUAGACCGUACCGGGGAGAAAACUACCCUGCUUUUGGGGAAGUUCGAUGAGCAGGCGCAUCUGGAUUGGAUCAAGGAGAACAAGAGGAAAGCACCGAAACCAGUCGAGCAACGCACAUCCGUCUCCCAUUUCUACUCGGGCGGCGAUAUUUGCGACAAAACUGGCAAGCCUCGUCAAACCGAAGUCAAGUUGAAAUGCUUCGAAAACUCUUCGAGUCCUGCACAAGUCUCUUUGUACUUGCUCGAACCAAGAACUUGUCAUUACAUAUUAGGCGUCGAGUCCCCACUAAUAUGUGACAUACUACCUUUAGCCGAUGAAAACGGUCUAAUAAAAUCUCCCAAACCGGUACUCGUGAAGCAAGACGCGUUGGUUGAAACGGAACUGGAAGAUGAUGACGAUAGUGAGCUGAAAGAGAAAUAUUUACCAAAGAUAGGUAAUGAUUGAUUAUGAUUUGUGAUAAAAAUAAAUGUUUGUUGGUG